GGGCGCUGCACGAGCUGUCUCCCGCUCCACGUACCCCCGGCAGCAGCCCGGUUGCUACGUCACCACAUUUCACCGAAUACGAUGCAACAGCGUGGAAAAGCGUAAAGGUGUUCUCCUGGCGGCCCACAGACACAAGGCAAAAUGAGGGAAGCUGCUCUCCUGCUCACACACUGCCUGCUUGCGUGUCUCCUCCUGAGCUCCAGCCAGGCGGCCAGACAAGGACAGGACCUCAGAUGUGGAGCCUGCAGGGCUCUGGUGGACGAGAUGGAGUGGGCCAUCUCCCAGAUAGACCCCAAGAAAAUGAUCCAGACGGGAUCUUUCAGGAUCAAUCCAGAUGGGAGUCAGUCCAUCAGAGAGGUUCCUCUGGCACGCUCAGAAGGAAACCUCCUGGAGAUGAUGGAGAGCAUAUGCGAGAGGAUGGGGGACUACGGCGAGCGCACGGAUCCCUCCACAAACAGGAAGUCGUACGCCAGGAUCAAGUCUCGGAGCGGCGAGGCCAUGGACCUGUCAGAGGCCUCGCUGGAUUCAAGGGUUACAGCCAGCUUGAAGUUUGCAUGUGAAACAAUAGUGGAACAGCACGAGGAUGAAAUCAUCGAAUUCUUCGCUCAUGAAACGGACAACGUUAAAGACAAACUCUGCAGCAAAAGGACAGACCUCUGUGACCACGCUCUAAAACUGACCCACGAUGAGCUUUGAUGUCCUCUCGUCGUAGCGACCGUCUCUCAUCAGCUCAAAUGUAGACUUCUGGGUGCUGUAGUGUUUUCAGUUGCCACUUAUCACCUGUUUGUGUCAGGGUAGUGGGACAAGCUGUAUAAAAAUCCUUGUGAUAAGAAAUAAAAAACAAAAAGCAUUACUCCUGUGAUCAUGGAGACUGUGAGGACCACUCUGCUACUCUUUUUUUUCUUUUUUGGGGUUAAUAUCUCAUUUUAUGUGAUACUGUAAGUUAUUAAAAAGGCUCUUAUUGGUCUUCUCUGGAUAAAAACUGUGAAGCUGUAAAAAUGAAUUUGGACUUUAUGUGGAGAUAUGACUAAAUUUGGUUGGGUGGUCCUCAAGCACUCAUUCACGCAUGAUGGAAAAACUCUCCUGAAGUUGAAUCAAAGUGAGGCUGAAAGAAGUUGGCCUGCUCUUAAAUUAAACUGCUAUAUAAUGAUAAGUGUCACUUUCAAGUUCAAGCUUUAGAAGAGUUUUUCAUGCUCAUCAGUAUUUAUUUAACUGUCCAUGAUCACAGGAUUAACCGAUACCAGUUUGAUUCUCCUUCUUUAAUUCCUCCAUGAGAUACUCGUUCAGGUAAAACGAAAAGUUAAGGGCCAUGAUUUUAAAAGUGCAUCAUGUAAAAAUAACUUCAGAUACGGUUUCACUGUAGUUCAAGCGAUAAUGUGGCUUCAUCACCAAACAAACAUUUCCCAGGUAGUUUACCCCGUCCAACAGCAGCGUGCUCUCAGCAGUAUGUUUUAUUUCUCCUAAAUUAAUUUGGCUAAAAGACUCAGUGUGGUUAAUCUGUUGGAUUAUUACAACAAAUGUCUUCAGGUGUUGAAGUACACAACAUUUGCACAAUUAGUAUCCACAUUGCCUUCCUGUGCAUUAAUUUACUGCUUAACCUCCAGUGACUUUAAAACACUCCUACUGCUAAAUAAACUGCCUGCAUCUUCUCAAGUUAAAACCUCUCACAUGCUGCUGACAGAGCAGAACGAUUAUCCUCACAUGCUCGUCCACACGAAACUUCUUUGCUCAUUGUUUCACAUUACCUCGGAGUUAAACGCUACCGAAACCAGCUGUGAUUUACUUGAGCUCGAGAAUUGAGAUGGUAGCAAAGUUUAGAUUUCCUGGCUUUGUAAUAAAACUGACCUCCUGCAUAACCCCACUAGAGUGUGCUGUAGGCAGCAGUGUAAGUACACCAGUGCUGUACAGCCACAGUAGAAAGAUCAGGAAGUAUUUUUGGUGUCAUUGUGUGAAAAUGAAUUUUCCGUUUUGUGAUCAUUCUCCUGAGAUGUCUUUUUAAUAUAAAAUUUGUACAUUUUCUGA